UGAAACCAGCCCAACUAUACCAUAAAGCCUCAGAUCUGGCCUGGGGAAGGCAAGGGAUCUAGGGAAGGGAGAGAAAAGAGGCCUCUAAGGAAAUAGAGUGGUCAAGUGAUUAGUGAUUAUUAUUAACAGCAACAAUAAUAAUGAGUCACAUUUAUUGAAAGCUUAUAGUGUGCCUGGCACUAUACUACUUUUGUGUGUUCCCGCAUUCAUUUCUCAAAAAGCUCCCUACAAAGUAGUCAUUAUUAUUAUUGUUAUUAUUUUUUCCAUUUGAGAGAUGUCAAAACUGAGGCUCAGUGAAAUUAAGUUUCUUGUCCAAGGUCACACAGUAAGUAGCAAAGGCAGGAUUCAAACUCAGGUCUGUAGUGAUUCCAGUGCACUAUAGACACCUAGGCCUGGGUUACUGGAGCAAGUUAAGAGGGCAGGGCCAGACUGACCCCUGCAAAGGUGGGGAUAGGGAAGGACAGUGGGAUAGACUGUGUAUAAAUAGCAGGCCUGUUUUUAUCCCUACACACAGGCAGAAUCAGGCAAGUGCUCUAUCUGGCACAAUUUCAGGGCUCUGAAAGCCAACCCAGCCCUAUGUCAAACAACUCUCGCCCCAGCCACGUCCCUGGAAACUGAAAUACCUACUGAGAGACUCAUUUCUUUGGGUCAGGACAGAGACUUCAGAAGACCCCUGUAAAAGCACAUGGGUUGGAAGAGAAACACCUGGUGCCUGUGAACCAGCAAUCUAGGUUAGCCAGCUGGGUCCUAUGGGAGGGAGGCUCAUUUUUUAUGUUGAGGAAAAAGAUGGCAGUCAAAGGCAAGGAAAAGAAUAAGGCUUGUUUCACAACCUGUCUCUCUCCAAUUUCAGAAGCCUGAGAAUUACAACCCAUAGUUCAAAAAUCUCAAUGUCCCCUGAGGGAAGAUGGGAGGAAGCCACUCCAGCGACUGGUAGAGUACUAACUUCCUUUGCUUUUGCUAAGUGCCUGCAGCUUCAACUCUGGUUAUCUCGGGUUUAUGAGAACGGCUGGCAUUCAUGUGUCUAAUUUUUACAUGAUAAAUGAAUUAAUUACUAUCUGAUACUUGCCGUGUUGGUAGGUCAAAAGGUGGGCUUCUGAAACUUACAGGGUGACAGGGAUGGAGACCCCUGGUAUGGAGCUGAGACGAAGCAAGAGGCCAGGCCCGGAACAGAACUCAGCUCAGCAGUCAGUCACAAGGCUGCAGAGCGACAGGCGUUUGGGGAAAGGUAGGAAUCUCUCCCCGCCACCUGCUGGUCAGCAGCCCUACCCACAAUUAGGCCGCGGCUGCCUCGGCCUGGUCCCAAAAAAUGUGAGCGCCGCCCCCUCCUCCCGCCCAGUCCCCCGCCGCGCCCGCGGGGUCGGGGGCUGAGCUGCCGGCGCCGCGAGCCGGGCUAGCUUCCCAGCACGGGAGGAGGGAGGGGGCGGCGCCGGGCGGGGCGGAGCUUCGGCGCCUCCCGGAGCCUUAUUCCCGGCCGCGCGCCGGGCAGCGCUCAUUCGGCCGAAGGAGCUACGCGGGCCGCGCUGCUGGCUGGCCUCACCUAGGCGCGCGGGGUCGGGCGGCCGCGCGGGCGAGCGGAGUGACCAAGACAGACACUCAACAAGAGCGAGCUGCGCCGAGGUCCCGGCCAGGCUUGCACGCAGAAGCCGGCGGCAGACGGUGCCCAGCGGAAUCUCUUGAGUCCCACCGCCCAGCUCCGGUGCCAGCGCCCAGUGGCCGCCGCUUCGAAAGUGACUGGUGCCUCGCCGCCUCCUCUCGGUGCGGGACCAUGAAGCUGCUGCCGUCGGUGGUGCUGAAGCUCCUUCUGGCUGCAGUUCUUUCGGCACUGGUGACUGGCGAGAGCCUGGAGCAGCUUCGGAGAGGGCUAGCUGCUGGAACCAGCAACCCGGACCCUUCCACUGGAUCUACGGACCAGCUGCUACGCCUAGGAGGCGGCCGGGACCGGAAAGUCCGUGACUUGCAAGAGGCAGAUCUGGACCUUUUGAGAGUCACUUUAUCCUCCAAGCCACAAGCACUGGCCACACCAAGCAAGGAGGAGCACGGGAAAAGAAAGAAGAAAGGCAAGGGACUAGGGAAGAAGAGGGACCCAUGUCUUCGGAAAUACAAGGACUUCUGCAUCCACGGAGAAUGCAAAUAUGUGAAGGAGCUCCGGGCUCCCUCCUGCAUCUGCCACCCAGGUUACCAUGGAGAGAGGUGUCAUGGGCUGAGCCUCCCAGUGGAAAAUCGCUUAUAUACCUAUGACCAUACAACUAUCCUGGCUGUGGUGGCCGUGGUGCUGUCCUCUGUCUGUCUGCUGGUCAUCGUGGGGCUUCUCAUGUUUAGGUACCAUAGGAGAGGUGGUUAUGAUGUGGAAAACGAAGAGAAAGUGAAGUUGGGCAUGACUAAUUCCCACUGAGAGAGACUUGUGCUCAAGGAAUCAGCUGGUGACUGCUACCUCUGAGAAGACACAAGGUGAUUUCAGACUGCAGAGGGGAAAGACGUCACAUCUAGCCACAAAGACUCCUUCAUCCCCAGUCGCCAUCUAGGAUUGGGCCUCCCAUAAUUGCUUUGCCAAAAUACCAGAGCCUUCAAGUGCCAAACCGAGUAUGUCUGAUGGUAUCUGGGUGAGAAGAAAGCAAAAGCAAGGGACCUUCAUGCCCUUCUGAUUCCCCUCCACCAAGCCCCACUUCCCCUUAUAAGUUUGUUUAAGCACUUACUUCUGGAUUAGAAUGCCGGUUAAAUUCCAUAUGCUCCAGGAUCUUUGACUGAAAAAAAAAAAAAAAAAAAAAAAAAAAAAGAAGAAGAGGAAGAAGAAGGAGAGCAAGAAGGAAAGAUUUGUGAACUGGAAGAAAGCAACAAAGAUUGAGAAGCCAUGUACUCAAGUAUCACCAAGGGAUCUGCCAUUGGGACCCUCCAGCGCUGGAUUUGAUGAGUUAACUGUGAAAUACCACAAGCCUGAGAACUGAAUUUUGGGACUUCUACCCAGAUGGAAAAAUAACAACUAUUUUUGUUGUUGUUUGUAAAUGCCUUUUAAAUUAUAUAUUUAUUUUAUUCUAUGUAUGUUAAUUUAUUUAGUUUUUAACAAUCUAACAAUAAUAUUUCAAGUGCCUAGACUGUUACUUUGGCAAUUUCCUGGCCCUCCACUCCUCAUCCCCACAAUCUGGCUCAGUGCCACCCACCCUUGCCACAAAGCUGGGAUGGUUCUGUGAUUCAUCUGUAGUAAUUUAUUGUCUGUCUACAUUUCUGCAGAUCUUCCAUGGUCAGAGUGCCACCUGGGGAGUUCUGUAUGGUCAGGAUGUAGGGGUUAACUUGGUCAGAGCCACUCUAUGAGUUGGACUGCAGUCUUGCCUAGGCGAUUUUGUCUACCGUUUGUGUUUUGAAAGCCCAAGGUGCUGAUAUCAAAGUGUAACAGAUAUCAGUGUCUCCCCGUGUCCUCUCCCUGUCAAGUCUCAGAAGAGGUUGGGCUUCCAUGCCUGUAGCUUUCCUGGUUCCUCACCCCCACGGCCCCAGGCCCACAGCGUGGGAACUCACUUUCCCUUGUGUCAAGACAUUUCUCUAACUCCUGCCAUUCUUCUGGUGCUACUCCAUGCAGGGGUCAGUGCAGCAGAGGACAGUCUGGAGAAGGUAUUAGCAAAGCAAAAGGCUGAGAAGGAACAGGGAACAUUGGAGCUCACUGUUCUUGGUAACUGAUUACCUGCCAGUUGCUACCGAGAAGGUUGGAGGUGGGGAAGGCUUUGUAUAAUCCCACCCACCUCACCAAAACGACAAAGGUAUGCUGUCAUGGUCCUUUCUGGAAGUUUCUGGUGCCAUUUCUGAACUGUUACAACUUGUAUUUCCAAACCUGGUUCAUAUUUAUACUUUGCAAUCCAAAUAAAGAUAACCCUUGUUCCAUA